UCCACCUUUUGUUGCAUUUUUCUAUAGCUUCUUUCCUUUAGAUUUAGAAAGCAGAAACAGUGAAACAGGCCUCUUCUAAACUGAAGAAAAUGAGAGAAAAGUUGCUGUUUAUACUUUGUCUUUUAUCCUGGCACAGUAAUGGACAGGAACCUUGUACACAACUGAAUGUACUACGUUUAAAUUCAGCUGGUGUCUUUCAAUCAACGCUUACAUCUAUAUCAGGAAGAUUAGAGCUAUGUUCCUGCUCUUCCAGCAGUUGUGUGUGGAAUACGGUUAAUCUUGGUGGAAUCAUCAGCCUAUGGUCAUGGAAGAAUGUUCAAGUAGCAUGUAGACAGCUUGGAAGAGAUACUGGAGGCUCACAGCUCACAGGUUUAGGAAACCCAAUUGUACACUACACCUCACUUCCUUCAAGAGCCAUAGCUCCUAGUUCGGUACCAAUUUAUGAUUUUACUUUCGAGUGUGAUGGAACUGAGUCCAAUCUCACAGACUGUCUAAGAACACCAGUAUCUAUUGUACUGGAGAGCCAUUUCUUUGAUGUAUUUAUGACAUGUUCUAAUAUUGUUUCUUCUGGUAGUAUCAAGUUAACAGGGAGCAGAGAAGAUCACCAAGGUGUAGUCGAAGUUUAUCAAAGCAAUAGCAACCAAUGGGAGACUGUUUGUGCUGAUGGUGUUAGUAGAAGAGAAGCAAGAGUUAUCUGUUUGUCUCUUGGAUAUGAAAAUGGAAACGUUACAUCAACACCAAGGAGUUUUCAAGGCAGUGAUAUCAAUGAUACUCCUGGGAUAGCUAAGAUACAAUGUAUGGACUCUGACACUGAUAUUAGUCAGUGUGCAUUGACACAAGUUACAGCACAAAACACUGAUUGCAGUAUUGCUGCUGUUGCCUGUACACCAAGCACUGCUGCUAUAGGAACUAUAAGAUUAUCUCCAAUCUCUACUUCAAGCACGUAUCAACGAGUUGAGAUGUUGAAUGCUGGUCGGUGGGGAACAAUAUGUAAUAGCAGCUGGAGUAUUGAGGACGGAAGAGUUGUGUGCAGGAGCUUGGGUGUGACUGAUAGCAACAAAGUGAAAGUACCAACUUCAUUGAGGUCUCCGGAAUCUUUGAAACCAAUAUGGGCUUCUGGCUACAUGUGCAGUGGCUCUGAAUCAAGACUAUUUUCCUGUCACAUUUCUUUUUCGUACGGCUAUGCACCAGAUUGUGAUCACUCAAGUGAUGCUACACUAACUUGUAAUAAUACUGCAGCUGUGCCUGGUGGAGGCUGGCCGCCUGAAGUUAUUUCUGCAGUUGCAUUCAGUGUAGUAUCAGUAUUACUUGUAGUGAUUCCAUUGGUGUAUUGCAUAAGUACAGAUAUAUGGAAGAAAUUAAGGAAGAGGAAUCGUGGAGGAGCUAUCGAAAGGCAAGAAAAUGAGUCAGAAAACAACAGGGAAAUAUCAGAACAAAACAGAGCUAGCAGUAAUGGUGAAUCAUCAGAUAUAAAGAGUAGUCGAGCUCCUCCACCAACUUAUGAUGAAUCUCUUUUAUUACAGCAACUACCUCCUAGUUAUGAAGAAUCAGAGGAAACACAAUGUCAGUUUUUUGAAGCAGCUGCAGUGACUUCUAUUCCUCCCGCUCUCCCGAAUGAAGAACCACCGUCUUAUUCAUAAUGAUAUAUAAAAACUUUAUUAUUGAUUAAUAUUUACUUUUAUUCUAGGCAUAUAAUGUAUAAUGAUAGUUUUACACACAGCUCCAGUCAAACUAUUAUUAUCUUUCAUAAAUGUAUAAGAUAAAAUAUAUUAUUGUUUCAUUUUUUUAACUCAAAAAUGUUCAUCAUCUGUUUUAAUCUAUUAA